CAGACCGGUUAAGCAGCAACUAGUAAAGCAGAGAUUGAGAACAUCGGCAUGAAUCGGCAGCAAAGAAACAAGUCAUCUCGUCGAGAAAAUCUCUACUUUUCUGAUCAGAUGCGAAACUCUACUGCUGGGGUUCAUCUCGUUUGAUCGAUCCUGCGAAUCUGUUGGAGUUUUUUUUUUAAUCAGCCUUGAUUGCGAUCGGAGAGUUCUAAAAAUGGCGGAGGAAAGCAGUUUGGAAGGUUCUGAAAAGGAAGAGGUCGAUAGCUCAGGUGCUGGUCUUGGAGAUUUGGAAUCUCUGGAUUCUAUCGAGUCUCGAUGGGUUAUUCAAGACGAUGAUGAUUCCGAGAUUGGCGUUGAGGAUGAUAAUGAUGGAUUCGACGGUACUGGACUCGAAUCCGAUGAGGACGAGAUACCGGAGCAUCGCCUGAUCCGUACUGGUCCGCGUGUUGAUUCCUUCGACGUGGAAGCGCUUGAAGUUCCCGGUGCUCCGAGGAAUGAUUACGAGGACUUGACUGUUGGGAGGAGAGUGUUGCUUGCAUUCCAGACACUAGGGGUUGUCUUUGGGGAUGUAGGAACCAGUCCAUUGUAUACGUUCAGUGUAAUGUUCAGUAAAUCACCUGUCCAAGAAAAAGAAGAUGUCAUUGGAGCAUUGUCUCUAGUGUUAUACACCUUACUAUUGGUCCCCCUUAUAAAAUAUGUUCUUGUUGUUCUAUGGGCAAAUGAUGAUGGUGAAGGUGGGACCUUUGCGUUAUACUCAUUAAUCUCUCGUCACGCCAAGAUUAGUCUUAUCCCUAAUCAACUUCGCUCAGACGCCCGAAUUUCUAGUUUUAGACUGAAGGUGCCUUGCCCUGAGCUUGAGAGGUCAUUGAAAUUAAAAGAAAAACUCGAGAAUUCAUUAUUUUUGAAGAAACUUCUCCUCGUGCUAGUUCUUGCUGGAACUUCCAUGGUAAUUGCCGAUGGAGUUGUAACUCCUGCAAUGUCAGUUAUGUCAGCUGUUGGUGGACUUAAGGUCGGAGUUGAUGUAGUGGAGCAAGAUCAAGUGGUGAUGAUUUCGGUUGCAUUUCUGGUGAUCCUCUUUAGUCUACAGAAAUAUGGUACAAGUAAGAUGGGACUAGUAGUAGGUCCUGCCUUACUUAUAUGGUUCUGUUGUCUUGCUGGUAUUGGCAUUUACAACCUGAUCAAGUACGAUAGCAGUGUUUUUAGAGCAUUCAACCCUGUCCACAUCUAUUACUUCUUCAAGAGGAACUCUAUAAAUGCUUGGUAUGCACUUGGAGGCUGCAUUCUCUGUGCUACAGGCUCAGAGGCAUUGUUUGCAGACCUUUGCUACUUUUCUGUUCGAUCAGUCCAGCUUACAUUUGUGUGUCUUGUCCUGCCCUGCCUCAUAUUGGGUUAUAUGGGACAAGCUGCAUACCUGAUGGAAAAUCAUGCUGAUGCUAGUCAAGCUUUCUUUUCAUCUGUUCCAGGUAUGAAACAGAAGUCGAACAAAAGCUGUCAAUGGAUUUAAUGAGAGAUCUUGGGUGCAACCUGGGAACAAUUAGAGCUCCUGGUAUUGGUUUGCUGUACAAUGAGUUAGUGAAGGGAGUACCGGCAAUAUUUGGCCAUUUUCUGACUACACUUCCUGCAAUUCAUUCCAUGGUCAUUUUUGUCUGCAUAAAAUAUGUCCCGGUUCCAGUUGUACCCCAGAAUGAAAGGUUCCUCUUCAGACGCGUCUGCACUAAAAGCUAUCACUUAUUCCGUUGCAUUGCCAGGUAUGGUUACAAGGAUGCAAGGAAGGAGAACCACCAAGCUUUUGAACAGCUAUUAAUCGAGAGCCUCGAGAAGUUUAUCCGAAGAGAAGCUCAAGAACGUUCCUUGGAGAGUGAUGGGAACGAUGAUUCAGACUCAGAGGACGAUUUUGCAGGUUCUAGAGUCGUCAUUGGCCCCAACGGAAGCAUGUACUCGAUGGGUGUUCCCUUACUAUCUGAGUACAGAGACUUAAACAGACCGAUCAUGGAAAUGAAUACUUCGUCUGAUCAGACAAACAACCAUCCGUUUGACGCAUCGUCUGACUCCUCUGUGUCUGAAGCAGAGCAAAGCCUGGAGAGAGAGUUAUCGUUCAUACACAAAGCGAAGGAAUCAGGGGUGGUGUAUCUACUGGGGCAUGGGGAUAUAAGAGCAAGAAAAGAUUCAUGGUUCAUCAAGAAGUUAGUGAUAAAUUACUUCUACGCAUUCCUGAGGAAAAACUGCAGGAGAGGGAUAGCAAAUCUGAGUGUGCCUCAGUCGCAUCUGAUGCAGGUCGGUAUGACAUACAUGGUCUGAGCCUUCUUCGUUCUUCUUUAAAAUGGUGGUUUAUAUUCGAGGCCAUAGGUUUAAAAUUUGUAUGUUGCGUUGGUGUUUUUUGCAUUGUUGUUAAGAAUCUGAGUAUCAUCUGACUUACUCCAAAUCUAUAGAGCAUCUGGUAGAGAGAAAAGACGAGCCUAUAUUUGAUUGAUAUUAGGAAAUUUCAAGGAUCUCGUUUUUGUGCUGCGAA